AUCUUCGGUAGCGUCGCGUACGCUGCGGAUGUUAUAUCUGGCGUCGCGACGCCCUCGAGCCUCAGCCGCUCCUCAGCCGCCCGUCGAUUCACAACUCAUCCCCACGAGAGAGAGAACGGUAAGAAACAAAAUGUGCGACGACGAAGUAGCAGCCCUUGUUGUCGACAAUGGAUCCGGUAUGUGCAAGGCCGGUUUCGCCGGGGACGACGCCCCCCGCGCCGUCUUCCCAUCGAUCGUGGGUCGGCCCAGACACCAGGGCGUGAUGGUCGGUAUGGGUCAAAAGGACAGCUACGUCGGCGACGAGGCUCAGAGCAAGAGAGGUAUCCUCACCUUGAAAUACCCUAUCGAGCACGGUAUCAUCACCAACUGGGACGACAUGGAGAAGAUCUGGCACCACACCUUCUACAACGAACUCCGCGUUGCCCCCGAGGAACACCCUGUCCUUCUCACCGAGGCUCCCCUCAAUCCGAAAGCUAACCGCGAAAAGAUGACCCAGAUCAUGUUCGAAACCUUCAACAGCCCUGCCAUGUACGUCGCCAUCCAAGCCGUGCUCUCCCUGUACGCCUCCGGUCGUACCACCGGUAUCGUCCUCGACUCCGGAGACGGCGUCUCCCACACCGUGCCCAUCUACGAAGGUUACGCCCUUCCUCACGCCAUCCUCCGUCUCGACCUGGCCGGUCGCGAUUUGACCGACUACCUCAUGAAGAUCCUUACCGAGAGGGGUUACAGCUUCACCACCACUGCCGAGCGAGAAAUCGUCCGCGACAUCAAAGAGAAACUCUGCUACGUAGCCCUGGACUUCGAACAGGAAAUGGCCACCGCGGCCGCCAGCACCUCCCUCGAAAAGAGCUACGAGCUGCCCGACGGACAGGUGAUCACCAUCGGCAACGAGAGGUUCCGCUGCCCGGAGGCCCUGUUCCAACCGUCCUUCCUGGGUAUGGAGUCCUGCGGUAUCCACGAGACCGUGUACAACUCCAUCAUGAAGUGCGACGUCGACAUCCGUAAGGAUCUGUACGCGAACAACGUGCUGUCCGGCGGCACCACCAUGUAUCCUGGUAUCGCCGACCGUAUGCAGAAGGAGAUCACCGCUCUGGCCCCGUCGACCAUCAAGAUCAAGAUCAUCGCUCCCCCGGAGAGGAAGUACUCCGUGUGGAUCGGUGGAUCCAUCCUGGCUUCCCUGUCCACCUUCCAGCAGAUGUGGAUCUCGAAACAGGAGUACGACGAGUCCGGCCCCGGCAUCGUUCACCGCAAGUGCUUCUAAGCAGUUAUGCUCGAUUCAAAUUAUUAUUACUAUCGAUAUAUUGUUAUUGCUACACCUUUUCCCAAAAA